CUAUCACUACAUCACUACUUACUGUUUACCGCUACUUACACUCUGUGACUGAAUACAAUAUAAUGGCGAAGUUUGUAUGUGCGGUGCAGGAAGGAUUUUUGUUAACACGGAUCUGCGGCGGUGGGUUAUCCCAUAUUAGAAAUGGAUAUGAAGGCAUCCGUUUUCUGUUUGCACCAGCCGCUUUAGGGUUGGACAACUACAGUGUAAUGAGGGACAGAACAAAAAUACAAUUUGUCAACCUGGCUGAUAAAUUUAGGACCAAAAUGUUGGAGUUUUCAGAUCCAGAUUCAUCAAAUAUGAUUUUCACAGAAGAUCUCAAAAACAUGAUUCAUCUGGCUGAAGAUACAGCUGAUGACUUAAAUUUAGUUUAUAGAAUGAUGAAGAGGUUUAAUCAGCAAAACAAAGAGGUUAGGUUUGGAAGUUACGUUUUUGGCCCAGUGGUCAUGAGGAUGUACUACUUUCUGAAUAAGCCUGAUGAAGCCCUUGAGGUGUUUAAGGACCCUGAUCUGGAAGACUUCUUUGCCCAGCUGGGUACCUACCAAAUUCUUAUGGAUCUUUUGUUUGAAAAUGGAAAAUAUCAAGAUAUCUUAGAUGUUUUUGAAAUUAUAAAACAAAGGCAACAUCAGGAAGCGAAGUAUCCAAAGAAUGUUGUUAUUCUGACAUUUGCAGCAUGUUUCAAGUUGAAUACUGCAGACAGUUUUAAAUAUGGAAUGGACCUGUGGAAAGAACUGAAGGAAAUUGGCCAUAUACCUAUGCGGAGGGCUAUAACAUUUGCUGCAGGUCUGGCACUAAAUCAAAAUGCACCACAUAUAGCAUUUGAAAUAAUUUCUGGCAUGCAUCAACAAAAUUAUGUUACUGUCAGAAAUCUAAAGGUGGCAGCCUUAGCUGAUAUAGGACGACCAGAAGAUGCUCUUCCUAUCCUUCGAAGCGUUCUUGAUGUUGAUGUUCCAUCUCAAAAGAAACAAACUUUCAGUGAAGAAGUGAUCCAGAAACUAAGAGCUUCUGCAGAUAAGACUGGAAAUAAAGAAACCAUUUACGAGUUUCAGCAGAUAGUAAAACGGCUAAGUGAGGGAGGGCACAUCACUGAUGAGGGUUUGGAUGAACAGUUAUGCAUGCAGAUUGCAGAAACAUUCAGAAAUUCAGCUCAGGAGAGGAAUCAGAGAUUUCUGGCAGCUAGCUUUAGUAGACAAGACCAUGGCCGUGCAAGGACAUAUGCACGUCCUGGUUUGAAAGAUAUGUAUUGACCUGGUCUUCACUCUGUGAUGCAAUGAUUAUUAAUUUUUAUAGGAAUAUUAGACUUUCAGCAGAAUCAUUAUCUUGUAUCAUACAAUAAAUUAAACAUGUCAAAUUACUUUCAUGAAUAAAUAAAUUGAGUCCUGACUAUUGUUA